UAAACCAAUAUUGUGCGUCGCUUUCGUGAUUGUUGCGUUAUUAUAAAAAUAUUACCAGUUUCGUGUUUGAUAAGUACUGUUAUUUAUUUGUGAGUAACAAGGUUCCUUACAAUCAUGGAGAACUUGAAAUUUAAUGGAAUGGGUUCAGAUGACAAUAACUGGAGAACCCAGAGCGUUAGACAAACUGUUGUAUCAAAGAUUGAAGAGGUUAUUCAGAGGUCAGGCAUGCAAGUAGCAAGGAACAGUAAUGAAAUGGAGAAUCACGUUUUUAUGAAAGCUAAGAACCGUGAGGAAUAUAUGAAUAUGGUUGCAAAACUUAUAUUGCAUGUGAGGGAGAUGUCACAAUCGAAACCAAAUCAAGGAGCUCCAAACAUGCAAGGACCUAACCAAAAUCAACCAGGUCCCAGUAACCAAGUACAAAAUCAGCAAGGCCAACAAUCCCAAGGUCCUAACAAUCAGUCUGGAAUGGCCACAGACCCAAUAAAUGCAUUACAAAACAUGGCCUCCCAGGGAACAAGGAACCAAAUGAUGACUAUGGGUCAGGGACAGAUGCAACAGGGAGUUUUAGGCCCCAACUCAGGUAUGGCAGGAAUGCAGGGGCAAAUGAACCAACAAGGCCCUAUUGUAUCUCAGGGCCCCCAAGCCCAAACAGCAACAAACUUACUCCAAACACUAAAUCAGAGACCACAAAUUAAUAUGCAAUUGCAAAAUAAACUUGGCAUGGUGACUAAUCAAGGACAAAUGGGUGGUAAUAUGGUGGGCGGAAUGGGCAUGGGGAAUACAAUGGGGAGUCAGCUACAGAAUCAAUUAAAUGCAUCAGGAAUGCAGGGACAAAUGAUACCAAACAUGUCCAUGUCAAACACCAUGCAAGUGCCAAUGCAAGGGGUUAAUUCAAUGGUGGGGCAGAUGCAAUGCAAUCAAGUUGUUGGUGGCAUGGGAGCACAAAUGGCCCCUAACCAAAUGCAAGGUCAAAUUCCUAACCAAAUGGUGAGUGGCAUGGGUAACAAUCAGCUAGUAAACAUCAACAUGCUGCAACAGAUGCAUCGUGGACAAGGCAAGGAGGUGGUGAUGGGAGCUGGAUAUGCUCCAAGGGCACCACCUCACAACCAAUUUUUGAGACAAAGUCCAUCACCCUCUGCUUCAUCACCUAACAUGCCAGGUCCAAGCCCUGUAUCAAUGGGAGGAGGAGUUUUAAGCGGCGCAUUAUCGUCCCCCCUAUCUGGUCUAGGUGGUCUGGGUGCUUGCAGCGGUGGUAGCCCAUCACCCUCCGCCAGUCAUCACCUUGCACACCACCAGCCACAACAACGCGUGAACAUGGGCAUGGUGGCGUCUCCGUCGCCCUCGUCGUCGUCGCUGAACACGCCGGCGGGCGCGGGCGCGGGGGGCGCGGGGGUGGCGUCGCCGGGGGGGGAGGACGCCGCCUACCGCGAGAAGGUGCGCCAGCUGUCCAAGUACAUCGAGCCGCUGCGGCGGAUGGUCAUGCGCAUGGUCAGCGAGGGCGAGAAUGUUGAGAAGUUGACAAAAAUGAAGAAUCUUCUAGACAUUUUAUCCAAUCCGAAUAAGAGAAUGCCACUGGAGACAUUGAUCAAAUGCGAGGUAGUGCUGGAGAAGCUGGAUUUCAAGCGAAGUGAGAGUGUCGGCCUGGGACUGCCGUCUACUGGGAAGGAACAAAUCUUUAAUCCCCUACUGGAGGUUGUGAACAAUUGUCUGCAGUCGCCGCUCGCCAAUCACACCCUUAAACGUACUUUCGGUUCCACGCUUGACGCACUCAAUGGACCUGAGAUCAAGAAUCUUCCACCACCACCUCAGAAAAUGCCGAAAUUGGAUGAACCUACCCUGGAAAUUCCAGACGUUCUACAGGGUGAAAUCGCUAGAUUAGAUUCACGGUUCAAGGUGUCGCUGGAGACGAUGCAGCUGUCGGGCGGCGGCGGCGCCAUCUCGCUGAUCGCGCAGCUGGACGACGUGCGGCUGCCGUGCGUGCCGGCCGUGCACGUGGCCGUCCCGCGCGACUACCCGGCCGCCGCGCCCGCCCGCCUGCGCGUGCGCAGCGUGGCGCCCGCCGCCGCCGACUGCUUCCUCGCGCGCGUCGAGCGCGCCAUGGACGCGCGCUGCGCCAGGUUACCGAAGAGUUGCUCGGUGGGCCAGCUGCUGGACGCGUGGGAGAUGAGCGUGCGGCAGGCGUGCGCGCCGAGCCCCGUGUCGUACGCGCCCGUGCCCGCGCUCGGCCUGUAGGCGGCUCGGCCGGGGGCGAGUCUUUUAAUUAUCCUCUGCAUCUGUGGAGCUACUUUGUACGGAGACUCGAAACACGACAUACGACUCCAUCGUGAAAUGUCGAAAAGUUAUACGCGACUUUAACUACAACAGUACAGUCGUGUGAUACGGUAGUAAGCCAGUUUUAAACAAUUACGACGGCUUAUCAUCAAAUUCAGGAUAGCUUUGCCGAGUCUCCAGCCACAUGUAGACCGUGUCUCGAUCAAAUGGACAUCAAAUUCGAAUCCUUGUAUCUCUUGUAUCUGAAGUCGCCAUGGAACUAUUUCUCUCUUAAUCAUGCCCUACAUAUGGAAAGAAGCGACUCUGACAGUAACUACGCGAAUAUAUAUUGUAUUGCAUUUGAUUUUAAUGUCUAUUAUCGUGCGAAACACCAAAACGCUUUGGAUUUUCAGGUAAUUAUUGAUCUAGUUAAUUUUAACUUAUCAAGUUAUUUGUUUUUUUAAAAAAAGCUGUAAUCGGCUCUAUUUAAUAAGCAUGUAUAAUUAUUUUUAAUUAUAAGCGUCAUUAUGCAGUUUCGUUUCGCUGCUAACUAAUUUAGACUAUGAUUACAUAAUCAGGGUUAAUGAUAGCAAGUCACUAGAUACUCGAUUUUUAUUCUCUACUAUGUUCCCAUGGCAUGGAUGAGGAAAAAUAAACAAAACAUAAUCCACACGCUUUUAGACUCUGCUACGCACAAUUCUUUGUGAAUAUAUAUAUAUAUUGUACACCGUAUAUAUAUAUAUAUAUAUAAUACAAUACUAUUGCUUUUAACGAGUUUUACAACUUAAGCUGGUAAGGUCAUUCUGAAUACAUUUUUUUCGAAUACCACAGAUUAUUAAGAUUUAUUAAGAUUUUAAGAUUUCAAUCGAUUAUGUCAUAUCAUUCAAGUUCAUACUUUUUUUUCUUUAGUCCUGCCAUUGGAAUCGUCUAUACGUAAUUUAGCAUUAUAAGUUACAAUAACUAUUAAAUAUAAUUAUAUAAUAUAUAUAUUUAAAAGUACAAGCGAAUUGUAUUUUUUGCGAGUAUGCUAAGUGAGUUUUAAAUGGCUAACAAUUUCUGAUAUUUAAUGUUUCUGCUAUAAUAAAAGCAAUAAAUAAUUGCAACAUGUUUAAGAAAUAAUUUUAUAGUUCAUUAUAUUAUUAUCUUAAUGUCUUCCUUUUUUACAACUUUCAUUGUUACAUUCAUUUUAGUAUGUGUUGUCUAAUUAAAAUAUAAUUAUAAAGUAAUAAUGAAAGCUCUUCCUAUCUAUUUUCAACGAUCCUAAUAUGAAUGAUAUAUAAACGGUUUGUUCUUGUAUAAUUAAUGUUUAAGUUUCGAUUUACUUUUAUGUUACUUUUUAAAUUUCUAAUAAAAUAAAAUUAAUUUUAAAAUUAAGUUAGCACUAAGAUAGUUUGCAUGCAUUUCGGUUAAUAUAACGCUUGAUCCACUCGACCGUUGAACUAUCGAACUAGAUAUGUAAUUGUCGAAAAUUAACUUUUAACCAGACUAAACCGAAUUAGAACUGCUAAACACGUUUAGUUCGGAAGUUGGACGAACCACUGCUGGCCUAAAAGCCUCCUCUCCCUUAGGAGAAGGCUUAAUAUGAUAAUUCCUUAAUAUACAUUAAAUAGAUUUUGUACAAAUACUUAAAAAAAAAACUAAAUUUAUUUAUUCGGCAUGUAGAUUAAUAAAAAAAGUUAGAACUACAAAACAGGCAUAAAAUAUAUUUUUAGAAUAUUUUGACUGUUCGUACUUACUUUAUUAAAGUUUUAUUUGUACAAAUUCUAUUUUGAAUAACUAUUAAGCGUAAAAGGUAAAUAAUUAAACUUAGGGGUAGGUUACGAUUACAAAUAUUUUUAACAGUCGCUCCUUGUUAUUGUGGUAAAUAAUUUAUAAAUUUUUUUUAUAUUAUUUUUAAGGAAAUUUACCUUUAGGUUCAAUAGACUGGAAAAUUCCAAAUGAUCGAAAGUAGGAAAGUUGUUUUUAAAUAUAGAAUUUGUCUUCUUAUAUUAACGCGUAUUGAUUUAGAAUAGUGUGACCAAGUAAAAAAAAAGUUUCAUUUUAUAACAAUUACAAGUAGGAAUUAAAAAAUAAAUUUCUUUGCUGGAGUGAUAUUUGUCUGUGAUAAUUUAGUAAAAUUUCGACAAACAAAAAAAAUACAAUAUGUAAGUUAUGAAUCUGUGUUUAUUGUCAAUGUAUUAGUUAUUUUAAAAUGUUAACACACGUGGAAUACACAAAUUAUAAAUUGUACAAUAUUUUUCGUUUUUAAAUCUUUUACUUUAUGUCGGCAAUGUUUGUAAGACUUGUGCAAUAUCUAAGAUCCUAAAACACCGUAAAUUGGAACAGUAAGCCAAGUUGUAAGAUUACGACGUUGAUAUAACGUGAGAUUUAUUAAUUAUUUAUUUAUAACAACAAAAUAUUAAUAUUUAUUUUUAUUCUCGGCUUAUGGGUACAAGUCUUGUCAGCUUGAGUGUUGAAAUUAAAAAUUAUAAUAAAAUAAAAUUAAAAAAUUACGAAUUUUCUUUAUGGUAAUACUACGUUCGAUGGUAGAGCCUUUCUCAUUAUUGUAUCGGGAAAUUUUGUGCACGUGUGCUUAUCGUGAUGUCACUCGGCAUUUAUUUGCAUUUAUACAUAAAUAAAUAGGAUAUAUAAAUACGUCGGCCCAAUACGCAUUAAUGAGAAAUCUCAGUAUGAUAAAUAAGAUAAUAUUUAGAAAUUUAUAAUUUGUGUAUUUGUAUCGUUGGUGAUUUAUCCUCUUCACAGAUGUUAUAUAAACUGAUAGUUAAAUUCUACAUAAUGUUUAUUGUAAAUUAAGUAUUUUAUUUAUUAAAUCAACGUUUUUUAAUUAUUUAAAUAAUGUAAUCACGUUUUUUCAAAUUUUAAUGAUAAGUAAAUUAAGUAAUUUCGAAUUCGUGUAUUAUAAACAGUUUACAAAAUCUUUCUGAUAUCGUUAUUAUAUCAUUAUUAAUGUAAAUAAAUAUCUAUUAUU